UGUCAGAGAGAGAGGGGGACAAUGCGACUUGACAGGCAUGUUGCGAGUGUGUCACAAGGAGAGAGAACGAGAGUGUGUCACGAAGAGAAGGAGAGAGAAAGAGGGAGAGAAAACAAUCGAGUUAUGGUCAGAGAGAGAGAGAUAGAAUGAAUGAAUGACAGCGACAGAGAACCAGCGAGCCACAGAAAUUAUAUGUGAAUGACAGGUAGGGAUUUAGAAUAAUGUAGAAUAUAGGUCAGGGGAAGAGAGAGAGAGAGACUCUGAGUAACAGAGAAAAGAAGUGUGUGGCAGAGACUGUGAGUGACAUAGAAAGAGACUGAGUGGCAGAGAGAGGCCAUAUGAAUGACAGAGAUAGUGUGCAUGGGGUAGGGUCAGGGGGUGAAGAUAGAAAACGUGAAUGAGUACCCUAGGGAGGAUGAGUAAAUUAUGAAUCAAAGAAAAAAAUGAUAAAAUUAGGUUAAGCAAGGGAAACAUAGCAACAAGUAGCUUGUUGCUACAAGGGAAAAAAACCCAAAGUGGCUUAAAUCAAGGCGAACUGAAUGUCGGAGAAGAAAACACUGGAAAUUGGUACUGAAUGGGAACAAGGAAAGGACAGAAAGUAACUGGUUCAGAUGAAAAGGAAGACUAUGGGUAACAAGAAAAGGAAAGGUAGGAAAUAAAUAUGGAAGAGACAGUUCUAACGGGAUGUGCACGGAACUGGAAGAAUGUCAAAGAUAAGAGGAAGGCUUGGGCAAAAAGCAGAGACUCUUGGCAAAACUCUGAGACCAUCGAUGGAACGUCAACAGUGGACAGCAGUUCAAUAAACCCUCAGAUGCCCCAAACAUUAGAAGAGAAUGGCAUAUCAAAUGAGAAGAUUGAAAUUUGGCUUCAAGACUGUGGAGAGCCAUUAGGAGCAUCCUUAGAUGAACAAAGCCAUCUAAUGUUGAAGGGUGGAGGUACAAAACCUGGAUGCAGUUUUGAGGAUGACUUGUUGCUUGGUGCAGAAGCUAAUUAUCUUCAUCCUCAUAUCGACUCACUGCUGACAGUAAGUGGCACAUCAGCUGAGGUAAAACGUAACAAAUUUUAUCAGAUGGGAAGCAGCAUGAAUUCCACUGGUUCUGGAAAGAGCAAUACUACUGUAUCGAGUGUUUCAGAACUACUGGACCUUUAUGAAGAAGAUCCUGAGGAUGUCCUCUAUAAUCUUGGGUUUGGAACAGAUGAACCUAACCUUGCAUCAAAAAUUCCAUGUCGAUUUUUUAAUGCUUCAUCGUUUGCAAAAGGAAUAGAUUUUAAACUAUUUUUAGAUGCUCAGAUGCAACGUAUGGAAUUGGACAAUCCAAAUUUCGCCCUCACAAGUCGAUUUCGUCAGAUUAAAGUUCUCACUACAGUGGCUAAUGUUUUCUCCUCACUGUAUUCUCAAGUUUCUGGAGCUCCUAUAAAGAAAAUAGGUGACGUGGCCGAAGCCCCAACCUCGGGCCAAGCUCCCACUGUUGGAAACAAUGCUGGCAGACUCAAGAAGACAGUAUCAAAACUCAACUUACUUGCGGGUCAGCAGACAAAAGUAAUAGAUACAACUAAUCAAACAGAUCCAGCAGCUGCAGAAAGUUCAAAAGCAUCACAGCUUUCUUUUGAAACCAACAAGAGCUUUACUGACGAUGAGAAGAAAGAGGAGGUAAAACUUAAGAAAGAAAUGAGGUUGCAGAGAUGGCGUAAAUUGACUGACCCUUCCUUGAAACCAGUAUCUGAGGAAGUGAUGACUGGAAUUGAAGGUCCCCUCUGUCCCACAGAGAUCAUUCUUCAGGAAUGUUUAUCUAAUGUAACAAAUGGCUGUACGGAAUCCAAGCAGAGUGAUGCUGCUUGCAUGAAAGAAGGAAUGGAGAGCGGUCUUGAUAAUGCGACUGGUAUCUCAGAUUCUUUUGUAGACUUGAAUGCAUCCACAAAUACAGAAAGUGCAGCUACUGGUGAGCAGACAUCUGCGCUCUCACAGGAAAAUACAGUGUGUUCAACCCCAGAUAAAGCUGUAGCAAUGCACCAUCCAUCCAUGAGCAGCUUGAUGGAGCAGAAGGAAUUCUCAUUUGACUUGGAAGAGGUUCAAAGCAAUGAAGGAGAAGGAUUAAAUGUGCCAGGAAUCAGAAACCCUAUUCUACAUGACAGAAUUUCAGCAACAAAUAAAGAGCAUUUUUUAAGGACCAGCAGUUCCCAUUCGGACAGCAGUGGGUUUGCAGAAGAUCCAUCCUCUGACUUGACCGGACUGUUUCAGGGGCCAGAUGGUUACCUGCAAGCAAUGGGAAGCAGUGCUGACAGCUGUGACAGUGAGACCACAGUCAUGUCCUUAAUUGAUGAUCUUCAGACGCCUCUGAGCAGUGACCAGAAGUUUUUCACUCCAUUUCAAACGCCAGUGGAUGAUAUGACUCUGGACCUGAAGGAAGCAACUUCAGAUCCAAAUGUGGAAUUAAUUUCUGAUAAUGUGGUGGAGAUGGACAGUGAGGCAACUACUGGUACGGAUGGUUGCACGCAGUCAGCUGACCAGAAUGCUUUGGGUUUUAUUGAUAGUGAAGUGGAGCUGGACACAGAAGGUGAUGUGAAGUGCGAAAGUGAGGAAGAUAUUCCUACAUACUCUGGGCAUCCUGGAGCACGCCAAAGACGGAAGAGCAUAGACUCUGUACUCAGUUCCAAGCCUGUUGCUGCUACUUCUGAAGCUGUUGAAUUUUCCUCCUCGUCGUUAGGUAAGAUCACCACAGUACUCGAGAGAGCAAAAACAAAAACUUAUGCUGUCUCCAUUGCCUCUGGAAGAACAAGGCGUCCAGUGACCAAAGCAAAUGAUCGAAUCAUGAGAGAAGGGGAGAGGGCCUCCAGGAAUGAAACUAUUGAGAAGCUCCAACGAUCGUCUUUUCAAAGGUCCAGCUCUCUUCCAACUAAACUGCUGAAUCCAGUGCGAGUGGUGUCAUCGUUAAACAUACAACUGGCAUCCGAUAGCAGCACACAACACAGUUCACCAACGUUCACCUACAGAUAUUCUGCUCAGGAGGAAGGGGAAUUACCAGCUGAGGAUGAAAAUGAGCAGUUAGUGUGCCGAUCAGAGCUUUAUAUCCCAAACGAGAUGAAAGAGAAAAGUAGGAAGCAAUUCGCUGUGAACAAGCAAAAUGCAGAACCACAACAUAGGUUGGCCUCAGAGACACUGUCAAUGCCAGCAUAUUUAACACGAUCCUGCUGUUCCCUUCAUACACUCCCUUCAGAGUGGCAAGACCAGCCUCUGUGUGCUCACGCAAGAACCAGGAGCACGUGCAGCAUUCCCAACCUCGGGGAAUCUACCUGUACAUCACCUUAUGGGUUCAUGUAUCCUCAGAGACCAAUGUCACACUCUUAUUGUCACAGUUCAAUGAAUCCUCCGUCUGCUAUUGAAUCACAGCUCCGUCGAGUCCUUACUGAGAUAAGGAGCACGGUGCAGAAUCUUUCUCGGAUCCCAGUCUAUCAGGGCACUGACCUUUCGUUUCCAUACUAUCCAUCAAUGAGGUCAGGCCUUUUUCCUAUGUAUGAAAAUACAUAUCAAGAACUGCAGAUGAUGAGAAGAAAUCUGAACUUUUUUAGAACACAAAUGAUGGACUUGGAAUUCAUGAUGCUGAGGCAGCAAACUAUGGUGUAUCGACACUUAACCGAUGAGGAGAGGCAAGAAGCUGACCAGCUGCAAGGCCUUCGGAACUGUGUUCGCAUGGAGCUGCAGGAGUUAGAGCUCCAGUUGGAGGAACGAUCGUUUGCUUUGGAGGAGCAGCUCAAAGGCCCGAGCCAGUGUCCGAUGUUCAGGCCACCAUCUCAUGCUGAAAUGUACGCUAAUAAUGCAGAUUGCAUGUCUUCCUCUACUCUCAAUGUAAUGGAACCGGUGUCUGAGCUCCUAAGAGAGCAGUCACAUCUUCGAUCUGAACUGGGCUUCUCUGAACAAAUGGGUGAAGAAUAUGAUUACCCACACUCUUACUGUGGCCACUACGCUAACCUGGAGUCAGUUUCCCGCUCCUCAAGCCCAGGCUGGAUGUCCAGGUGUUCAGCACCGGGCUCUUUAAGUCAUGGUCCUACGAGCACACCAACCAAUACUGCACCACAUGGGAAACCAGUGAACCAAGCUACCUCAACCCAACCGCAGAGCAAACAAGUGUAUCGCUCUUCAGUUUUGCUGACUCCCUCACCACCAUCACGACCUUCCCUGGGGGAGCCACUUACGGAAAAUAGAUCUUCAUCAGGAAUUGUGGAUCAAAAUCCAUUAAGCCAGACAUCUGAACCUACUGUUGCUGCAGCAUCCUCUCCAUCUAAUGGAGCAACAAGCCAUGUUGUAGAUUAUCCAGAUUUUCACAGUGUUCUGCAAGAGAUAAAGGAAUCAAUUGUUGGGGAAAUAAGGCGGGAAAUUCUGGGUGGACUUCUAGCUGCGAUAUCACCAGCUGGUAAAGAUGUUGGGCGUAAGGAAGAGAAGAUGUGACCACAGGAGGAAUUGCUUGUUUCUGAAGAAUUUAUCUUUGGCACAACGAAAUGAAUUUCUCUACUUGGUUUACUAGCUUCUAACCACUUUUACUGGUUGAAGUAGCCUUUCAUAAUCAUUCUGCUUGGAUGUCCAGAGUUUCAGGAGGCACUGUUAAUUCAGAGAUGGAUUACUUUUUAUCUAGGAAGCAUUCAUAAAUGUACUUUGUAUGUUGAUUAAUUUCUUUUCUGUGUUUAUUACUUCUUGUAACUCAGUGUCUUAAAAGUGAUUUAACACACCUAAUAGUCAGACUUAGUAAAUAAAACUUAAUUUUGUUGUAGUGUUUGUUAGUGGCCUGCUGUUGGGGACUUAACACCUACAUUAUGUGAUAAGAUUAAAACUUGAAAUUCUGCUUUUACUUAAUUACUUAUAGGUUACGUGUGCUGUAACACUUCCAUAGAUGUUUAUUUAACAUUUUCUUCUUGAAGCACUGACCUCUGUGAGGUACUUCCUGUGCAAUACCUGUAACACACGGCAAACUUGAAAAGACCAGAGAAUCGUUACUACUGUUUAUAAUCACAACACUCUUAAUAUCUGUGAAAUAUUCAAUGUACUGCAUGUUAAGAGGAAAAGAGUCUUAUGUCGUUUGGUCUUUUUAAAAAAAAGUGAGGAUUUAAAGAAUGAAAAAGCGUCUAUCUGAAUGCCACAAACUGAUUUAGAGGUGGUCUUACACUGAAUUUUAUAUAUAUAUUUAAUUCAUUUGAAAAUUUUGGAUUUAUUUGAUAACUUUGAAUAGGAUGGGUUGGGAUUCAUAAGUACUUCAAGUGCCUAAAGCUUUUUUUCUAAAUACGUACUUGGUAUAAAUGUAUGAUACAUAUUUACUAAAAUGUUUCUUCUAUUAUGGAUCGUAUGCUGAAGAAAAUUGUAUAAUAGUUUAACUUGGGAUGCAUGUGGAAUAUAUUGA